AAUGAAAAUACUGCUAGACUUCUUCAAAGCAUUUCAGCAGAGAGAUGCUGAAUUUGCUGUUCUAGAAAGCAAAAUUCCCAAAAGCGGAAUUGAACUAAUAAACAGCCCGUCCAUGUUGUACAUUAAAGAGGUAUUUGUCUAUAUCAUUCCAGUUCCACCAUCACUGAGGGUUGAUUUCAAAGCGAAUGAAUGCUCCAUUUCUUGUUAAACUUAUACUGAUGAAAACCCACCUAAAAUGAGUAGUUCAGAGGGUGACACUAAU